CGUUGUAUACGCAUUCACCACCAACUUGAAGUCUCCUUGCUUUGCUUCUCAUCUCUGUUUCCAAACAAUGGUGACUCCACCUGCCCGUAAGGCCGUACUAGAUCUCUACGCCUCCACCUUGCGGACGGCGAAAUCAUUCAGUUCAUAUAAUUUUCGCACCUACUUCGUUCAGAGGACGGAGGACACGUUCCGUGGGAUGCAAGCAGAACAAGAUUCCAUCAAGCUUUCGCAAGCAUACAACGAGGCUGUGAAGGAGCUUUCGGUAUUAAGACGGUGUGCAGUUACGAAUCAGCUGUAUGGCGGUGGGAAGCUGGCAGUUGAAGAACAGAGUGACGUGCGUACCUGAGGAGAUACGUGAGCUAGGAUACUACCGGACACUGGGCGUGGAUGAUGAAAGCAUAAUAGAGAAGAUGUUCGCCGCAGUGCGCACUGCACAUAAUGCACAACAGCAGGAAGACAACAUGUUCUUGACUAUUGACUGCCAUAUGGUCAACUCUCAACAACAUGCU